AGAUAAGAGAACAUAUUUCACCUAUCGCUUUACAAGAAUGUAAAAACAAGAAUUUGCAAUUAUAAAUACCCUUAUCAAUAUAUUUCCUAACGAGUUAACGCAAAAUUGCAUUCAAAACUGCUUCAGCUUUCAUCAUGCAAGACUCCGAAAAAUAUGUUUAUAAUCAUGAGACUAAAGAGCUCUUCACUGGAGGAACGGCUUAUACUUGCCCAGCUGGAGGUUUGGGAAAAGCAAUGUUCGAAAAUAUGAAAAAACAUGCGAAAGCAGGAAUUAUUGCACAAGUUGAAAGAGAAACAGGCAUAGAAGAAUCCUUCAAAAAGCUUCUAAGCAAAUGUAUCAAAAUUGCUAUAUUCAUGAAAGAGCAGGACAUUCAACCUGGCGAUGUCAUUUCAAUGUGUUCCGAAAACACGUUGAACAAUUCAGCUGUAUUAUUCGCUUCAAUUUUUAUUGGUUCUAUUAUUGCUUCAACUGAUCCAGAUAUUGCUGUUGAAGAUACAAAACAUUUAUUAGACAUGGUUGAACCAAAAUUAAUUUUUGUUUGUGAGAAAUCAACAGAUUUGAUUAGAAAUGCAACAAAAAAUUGUUCCUACAAAACAAAAAUAGUACCAUUAUAUGGUGAAUCAAUUUGUUUUGAUAUGUACACGGAAGAAGACGAAGAAAAGUUUCAUCCGGUUCAUAUUGAAGAUACAAAUUCAACAGCGCUGAUUUUAUUCAGUAGUGGAUCGUCUGGAUUACCGAAAGGUAUUUGCUUGAGUCAUAAUUCAAUCGUUGCAGAUUUUGCGGUGAAUGAUACACAGAUGACCAGGCUAGGCAUGACUAAAUUUGCCAUUUUUACAACACUUUAUUGGAUAUCAGGAGUUUCUAUAACACUUUCAGCUGGGUACUUUGGUGUAACUAAAGUAGUCUUUAGAAAAUUUAUACCUAACCAAGUCUGGGAUGAUUUAGAUAAACUAAAAGUGAAUAUAUUCAUCAUUUCCUAUUCCAAUGGAAUGCAAUGCAUACCAUACUUGAAGCAUAUAAUGCCGGAUUUAAAAGCGGUGGUUAUAGUUGGUGGACCAAUACCAACUUUGCAAUACAACGAAUUUAAAAGGAAACUACCAAACACAGCAUUAUUUGUUGGUUAUGGAUUGACGGAAACGAAUAGUAUUGCCUACAAUGACGGAAGUCAUUCACCAGAAUCCGCAUAUUUACCGAUUAAUAGAAAUAUUGUUAUUAAGAUUGUUGAUCCGGAAAGUGGGACAGCGUUGGAUUUAAACCAGACAGGUGAAGUUCGCGUUAAAGGAAAAUAUUUAAUGAAUGGAUAUUAUAAGAAAGACACUGCGAAUGGCUUUGAUGAGCAUGGUUUCUUUAAAACUGGUGAUCUGGGAUAUCUAGAUGGUAAUUAUCGGUUGUUUAUAGUUGAUCGCAUCAAGGAAAUGUUUAAAUAUCGUGCAUGGCGUGUGAUUCCUGCUAAAAUCGAAAAAGUUCUACGUCAACAUCCUGCCGUUCUUCACGCGGUUGUUCUCGGAAUACCACAUGAAGAAGAUGAUAAUCAUGCUGUGGGUAUAGUUGUACUCAAAGAAAAGGUUUCCAUUGCUGAGAAUGAAUUAAUGAAAUUUGUCAAUGAUAAGAUGGAUAAUCUUCAUCAGCUGCGUGGUGGAAUUAAAUUGAUUCUAGAAGAGCAGAUUCCAUUUACGCCGACUGGAAAACUUAACAGAUUGAAAUUGAAGCAGAAUUAUCUAAAUUCGGCCUUUAAGAUUUUAAAAACAGUUUUUUCAUCGCAACUGAACAAGAAAUACAGUAAUUUAGUCAAUAUGGAAGAAAAAUACGUAUUUAAUCCCGUUACUAAAGAACUAAAGACUGGUGGAGAUAUUGAUCCGUGUUUACCAGGCGGUAUUGGAAAAUUACUCUUUGAAAAACUUGAAAUGUUUGCUCAAAGAGGUAGAACAGCACAGAAACAGGCUGAGAUGCAAAAGAAGUUAGCAAUUUAUAUGCAAGAUAUCGGAAUUCAACAAGGAGAUAUUAUCUCUUCUUGUUCUCCAAACAAUCUAAACAGUUCUAUUCCUUUUAUCAGCGGUUUAUUUAUUGGUGCAAUCACUGCAUCUACUGAUCCUAUUUUAUCAUCAGAAGAUACAACUUAUCUGUUAAACAUGACAGAACCAAAAUUGAUUUUUGUUUCUGAAGAAUGCAUUGAUCUCAUAAAAAAUACGAAGUAUUAUGAAGCCAACAGCAACUGUAAACUGAUCGUAUUACAGAAGCACGACAAAUAUGAUAAUAUACCGGAUAUUUUGGACAGAUAUACUAAUGAAGAAGCAAAAUAUUUUGAACCUGUAUUUAUUGAAGAUACAACUAGAACUGCUUGUAUUUUAUUCAGCAGUGGGACUACAGGUUUACCGAAAGGCACCUGUUUGAAUCAUAACUAUUUAAAUGCCAAUGUAUUUACCAAUAAAUACAUCGAUUUGUUUGAUAGCAAAGAGCAUCAAAACACAAUUUUGAGUUUUACGACACUUUAUUGGAUUUCGGCGGUUAUGAUUAAUCUAAGUGUGUGUUACUACGGAUUGAAAAAGUUGAGUUGUAGUAAAUUUGACGCCAAAACUCUUUGGGCGCUUGUGGAAAAGUACAAAGUGAAUAAAUUGCUUAUGUCUUAUUAUCAUUGCAUUGAAGGACUUGAAACUUUAAAAACUCCUCAACUGUCACUCGACCAUUUAAUGAUAAUGGGAGGACAAAUCUCGCCAGCGAAACAGGAUCAAUACGGUGAAAUGUUACCAAAUGCUCAGAUUGUUAACGCAUACGGAAUGACUGAAACAGGAAGUGUAUCAGUAAACUAUGAUUACAAAAAUCGUUCAUCUGGAAAACCUAUGCAUAAAAAUCAAACUAUCAAAAUUGUCGAUGCGGAAACUGAACAACCUUUAGAUUUAAACAGGGUCGGCGAGAUAAGAGUCAAACACAAGUUUCAAAUGAAUGGAUAUUACAAGAAAAACUCUGCUGAUUGUUGGGAUGAAGAUGGUUUCUUCAAAACUGGUGAUGUUGGUUAUUUAACGGAUGAAUAUGAGCUGUUUGUUGUUGAUAGAAUAAAGGAAAUCAAAUACCGCAGUUGGCAUGUUUUACCGGCGAAAAUCGAGCGCCACCUUGUUAAACAUGCAUGUGUACAGCACUGCGUUGUUAUUGGUGUUCCUAAUGAAGAAGACGACAAUCAUGCAAUGGCAAUUGUUGUUUUAAAGGAUAACUUCACUGUUAGCAGUGAGGAAUUGCUCAAAUAUGCCAACGACGAAAUGGAUAGCAUUCACCAAAUACGGGCUGGAGUGCGAAUUGUUGCAAAACAUGUUAUUCCGUACACUAUCACUGGGAAAAUUAACCGACGUUUGUUAAAAACACAAAUUCUGAGUGGCAAGUGCAAUUGAUGU